CGGGUCGCCUUCGCUCCCUUCGUGCACCGACGAAACGUUCUGCACUCUUGUCCGCCGGGACAGUUCGUAUGCGAUGUGUGCGUCGCCAGCUGGCAAAUAUGCGACGGCGUCUGGGACUGCGAGGAAGGCGAGGACGAGCGUGAAUGCAAGCGCGACCGUUGGAGACCAGUGCGAAGAAGGACACUACAGCUGCCCGACAGGCAGCUGUCUGCCUCCUCUCUCCGUCUGCGACAGGAAGGUCGACUGCGCUGACGGAGACGAUGAGAAACAUUGCCUGGAUGACAACUUCGAUAUCAGGCGCUACAUCUCCGUCAAACCGUCGCCAGUCAGCGGCGCAGGGCGCUGGGGCAAAUUUGCCAGCCGCCUCGUCACGCCCCCACUCUCUCACCCUGCUGGGGGCGUGGCGUUUUGUCCUUCAAGUCGCCUGGACGGCCCUGGCUCGGCCCCUCCAACGCAACCUCAGGUAACCAACCUUCCUUAG